CGAGACUUGGUUUUCAUGGUUGGCCGCUGGCAGAGCGCGGGUCAGUUCACGUCCGCCACUGAGCGCAAGAGGUUCCACAGAUCCCGAUCCCGAACCCGAAACCCAAACCAGAUCCACCACAAGAUGAAAAUCGUGCAGAGCAUGGGGAUAAUGAUGGUCAUGGUGAUGCUGCUGCUGCUGCCUUUAUGCCUGGCCCGACCGCAGGAGUUCGUAUUCCAAGGGGACACGUCCCCGGGAACAGAGGCGGAACGGCGACCUCUGCCCCUGAACGAUCCCUCCGAUCUCAGUGCUGGCCUCAAUUUGCUGCCCAUUAGCAAUCUGAUUGCGGCAGCGGCAAAUUCCGUGCUCCCAGCGCCCGUGCAGUUCAUACGGACAGCCAUGAACAGCGGCCUCUGACCCCCGCCCACGACACCACCCCACCCCGCCCCAAUGUUAGCCAUCAUUUUAAUCACUUGUAGGUGUCGUUCUUAAGUGUUAAUUUUUUCCCUUUUUGUUUUGUUUUUAAUUUGUAUUUAUUUUUAUUUUUGUUUUGUGUGUGCGCUAAGUGAGUUUAUAAAACUUGUUUUAUCAGA